GACGCAUAUGCUAGAAUUUUCCGGAAGGUGAGUUGCAAAACGAUUGCGUCAUUAACUUGCGCUCUUGUAGUAGAGAGGUGACUGGAAAAGUGUUGCUCUUACACUUCGACAGACCAGAACAACACCGAACAUGCUAGUGGCGAGGCUGACAUGUCUCAGGACGCUCCCGCUCCUCGGGCUCCGCUCUGCUCUGUCUCAGGGCUCUUCAGCCCUCAGAGCUCCCACCCUCAAGGCCUGUCCAACGCUGAUCACACCCCAGCAGGGCUUCGCCUCCAAAGCCAGGUUUGGUUUCCGCCGUGUGAAGACCGCCAGAGAGCAACUGAAAGAAGCAGCUUUUGAACCUGCAACAGAUACAGCCAUCAAAAUUGACAGCAUGGGAAGAAUGAUUCUGGCUGGAGGUGCAGCAUUGGGCCUUGGAGCUUUGUGCUACUAUGGACUCGGCAUGUCUAAUGAAAUUGGUGCCGUUGAGAAAUCGAUGAUCUGGCCUCAGUAUGUGAAGGAUAGGAUCCACUCCACCUACAUGUACUUUGCAGGCAGCGUUGGACUGACUGCUCUGUCGGCUGUAGCUGUGAGCAGAACACCGGUGCUCAUGGGGUUGAUGAUGAGAGGAUCCUGGCUGGCCAUUGGAGCAACUUUUGCAGCAAUGAUUGGAGCAGGAAUGUUGGUUCGGUCCAUCUCAUACGAGCACAGCCCGGUGCCAAAACAUCUCGCUUGGAUGCUUCAUGCAGGUGUGAUGGGUGCGGUCAUUGCUCCACUGACUCUCCUGGGAGGACCUCUGAUGAUAAGGGCUGCCUGGUACACAGCAGGCAUUGUGGGAGGCCUUUCUACAGUGGCCAUGUGUGCGCCAAGUGAAAAGUUCCUUAACAUGGGAGGACCAUUGGCUGUCGGCUUUGGAGUAGUGUUUGCUUCCUCUAUUGGGUCGAUGUUCCUUCCACCCACCUCAGCAUUCGGAGCAGGCCUCUACUCCGUCGCCAUCUAUGGAGGUCUAGUUCUGUUUAGCAUGUUCCUCCUCUAUGAUACACAGAAGGUCAUAAAGAAGGCUGAGACACACCCGAUGUAUGGCGUGCAGAAAUUUGACCCCAUCAAUGCCUGCAUGGGCAUUUACAUGGACACCCUGAACAUCUUCGUGAGGCUGGUGAUGAUUCUGGCUGGUGGAGGCGGCAGCAAAAGGAAGUAAACACGAGGAUGACUUCUUCUCCAGGUUCUAUGGUCCACAGAGUGGAACGUUCAUCCCAGUCAGCACACACUGAUGUUAUCUUUUAGAGACAAGUCUAAUGUGACUGGUAGAAAACACACACGCCUGAGUCAGGAAGUUGAUGUACUUUGAUAAGACUGGAACAGAGCUUUUGUUUCAUUUGGAGGUUGCACAUCUGGAAAAUGUGUCAGUCACAUUGCAGGGAGGGUUUUUUGUAUUCUACUAGAGUUAUUAUAUUUAUUUUCAUGCAGGAUGAAGCAGAGAAUAUGCCGUUGUCCACAUCAGACCUCUUAGUAGAGCAGAAACGGAUCUGUUUUAAGAUAACCACAGUUGUGCAUCUGUAUCAGCAUGAAGGAGGAUAUUUGUUAAUGUAUCCCUGAAAUGUUUUGGAAAGUGUCACCAUUUAAUAAACAAAUUCAAAAAUU